AGCGUGAAGUACUCUACCGUAAGUUCAGCUAGGAGUUGUUCAUUUCGGUAGCAAGCAAAAAUAUAUGUAUGAAUAAUGGAUCCAUCGGAGGUCGAGUUUCUCGCCGAGAAGGAAACGGUGAAAGUCAUCCCAAAUUUCAGUCUCGAUAAGAUUUAUUUAAUCGGGGGUGACUUGGGUCCUUUCAACCCCGGUCUACCAGUCGACGUACCUGUCUGGUUGGCUCUUAAUCUGAAGCAAAGACAGAAGUGCAGAAUAGUUCCCCCGGAGUGGAUGGACGCCGAUAAACUGGAGGAGAUCAGAGAGCAAGAAAGAAAAGAGGAUGCCUUCUCUCCAGUACCCAGUUGCCAUUACAUGGAGCUGACCAAACUGCUAUUGAACCACGCUGCAGACGACAUCCCCAGAGCUGAUGAAAUCCGGACUUUGGUCAAAGACAUUUGGGACACCCGUAUUGCGAAGCUGCGCCUGUCUGCCGACAGAUUCGUCGGCCAGCAGGAGGCCCAUGCCAGGCUGGACAAUCUCACCCUGAUGGAGAUCAACACCACGCGUGACUUUCUGCUGGACUCCCUGAAUAGCAUGCACAAGCUUCGUGCCAACCUCCAGCCGGGCAAGUCGCAGGAUUAUUAACCUUUGGUGCGUCAGGGGUCGUGGUCGUCCAUAGCCUCGAGCUGCUUCGCAUGCAGUACGGACCACGCUUGCAGACACACUGCCAGCUCCAGGGUUCAGCUUGCUGCGUGCUGUGGGUCAAGUGGAUAUCGUGCUCUCAGGAGGACUGUCAGUGUGUCACCUCUGACAUUUAGACUUGCUCACAUCUUUCAUGACCUUGUACAAAAGAACUGGAUGGGUAGCACUACCAAGACUCUUUUGGCCUUUGAUGGUUAAAAAAAAAAAAAUCUAUUAACUGGGUGAACAAAUAACUAAUGCAAGUCCUUUAAGAAGCAUGUCUGUCUUGGUCAUGGGUUCAUGCACUGGAUGUUUGUGUUUUCCUGCCUUACCCUCCUGAUGACUUGCUGUACAAGAGCAGAGAAAACAACCGUGUACAGAAUGCUUGGGUUUAUGGCCAAGAACUCCUAUGAACUAAUUAAUAACUGACUGGAGUCAUUGAGUCAAUGACAUAUGUAAAAAUUGUAUGUAUGUGUAUAUUAUCUUUUCCAUGUGUAACACCUGUGGGCUGUGCUCAGGGCACUGGCGUUCAGCCUUCUGUGCGUCCUGUCACACUGGGAGUAAGCCUGGGUGUUUAUGCUGAAUUUUGUUGAAGUUUUGAGUGUAAAUAAAUUGAGCUCAGUGUAACAAA